AUGGUGUUUUAUUACUCGACUGCCUGUUGGCCAGGAUGGUCUGCCUUUAGAUGCAGAUGCUUCAAGUUUUACAAUAACGCUCAAACGUGGAUUAAUGCAGAGAAAUUCUGCUUGGACUAUGAAGGGAACCUUGCUUCUGCACACAGCCAUGAUGAGUACAGGUUUAUCCAGGACCUGAUUAGAUACGAAACUGACGCCUCAACGAAGUCCUGGAUCGGAGGCAAUGAUGGUGGUCAUGAGGGAGUUUGGCUCUGGACUGAUGGAACCAAAAUGAACUUUCAAUACUGGUUGCCUGGAGAGCCUGAUAACGCUAAUGGAAAUGAGCACUGCCUUGAGAUGAACUUUGGCAAUGGCCACUGGAAUGAUGAAGUGUGUUCUCAAAAGAAGCCGUUUGUGUGUGUGAAGAGAACCAGCUGA